ACUGCCUGCGCUCAUGACUGAAUAUAAGAGAGAAGUGAACCAAAGCUUAGCUAGAAAGGUGGUCAUCUUGCAGGAUGGUGAACCUCGUACACGUAGCCAAGAAACAGCUGGUGCAGCGCCUGGCGAAGAUGGCCGGACUGCGGCAGCGCGCCGUCGACGUCGAUGAUGCCGGCACAGUCAUCAGUAUCUGGGUACCCAAGGACAAGCUACCGGCUGGCCCCACCGCUGAGGAGAUGGAGACGGAGAGGAGGAAGAAGGAGACGAAGCGGAACGGCGGCAGGCUCUCCGUCGUGCUCCUGCACGGCUUCGCUGGUGAUGGGAUUCUGACGUGGGUGCUUCAGGUUGUCGCACUGGCGAGACACUACGACGUGUACGUGCCGGACCUGCUCUUCUUCGGUGGCUCGGUGUCGCCGGCGGGCGCGGACCAGACUCCGGGUUUCCAGGCGGAGUGCGUGGCGUCCGCGCUGCGGAGGCUAGGGGUGGAGCGGUGCGUGGCGGUCGGGUUCAGCUACGGCGGCUUCGUGGCGUUCAAGAUGGCCGAGGCGGACCCGGCUCUGGUCGUGUCCGUCGUCGCCACGGGGUCGCUGGUCUACAUGACCCGCUCCACCAGCGAGGCCAUGCUGCGGAGGCUCGGCGCGGCGUCGUUCGCCGAGUUCCUCCUGCCCAACGAUGUCGCCGGGCUCAAGUCGCUCUUCGCCGCUGGCACCUAUAGGAAAUGGUGGCUGCCUGAUCGCGUCCUCAGUGACUAUAUGAAGCUGAUGAUCUUUAACCGCAAGGAAAGGACGCAGCUGCUGGAAGGCUUGGUGGUCAGCGAUGAAGACGCAGCUGUUGUCGUCCGUUCUUAUCGGCAGCCAGGCUUCCGAGCGAAGCUCACGGCGAGCGUACGCGCCCAGCCAGGCUCAGCGCAUGCAGCGGCACGUAUACCGAGGAGAUACUCUUGCUCUGGGGCGACAACGACAGCAUCUUCAACAUGGAGCUUGCGAGAAGCCUCAAAGAGCAGCUCGGCGAGAAGGCGACGCUGCGAAGCAUAGCAAAGGCGGGCCACUUGGUGAUGCUGGAGCGGCCGCGCGUCUUCAACGGCUGUCUCAGAGAGUUCCUGUUGCGGCAGUCACGCUGAUGCAUCACCACGACGACGGCCGCGGCGCGGCGUACGCCCAGGCCUGCUAUCUAGCUAAGAUCUAGUCAAGCUAUAGCUAGACUUGUGUACAUAUGCUAAUAAUAAAGAACAUUGUGCUAGUGUGUUGACCAGCUUCAUGCAUAUAUGAUAAUUAUUAUCGA